CCGACGACGCCGUGCUCGACAAGUGCGCCGUCGACCGCGCGCAGGAGCAAGUGGUAGUGGAGAGGUUGCUGUACGAGGUGAUCCGCGCGGUGUGCAGCGAGGGGGCGGGGGCGGGUGCUGGGGGAGGCGGGCCGCCCCCUCAGCCGCCCCCCGCCGCCGGCGCGCCCCCCGCGCAGCGCGCGCUGCUCGCCGCCCUCGCCGCCGCCGCCUGCAGCAUGGACUGCAGGCCGGCGGCGGUGGCGGCGGCGGGGCAGGCGGCGGGCGCGCGCGAGUCCUUCCUGCUGCGCGACAAGUUGUACAAGCAGCGCCUCAAGCACAUCGCCAAGCAGCGCCCGCAGCCGUACGUGGUGCGCGGCCACCAGCUGCAGCUGCAGGCGCUGACGUCGGUGGCGCACUGCCACCACUGCGACCUCGUCAUCUGGGGCCUCGCGCCGCAGGCCUACGUCUGCGCCAACUGCAACUUGCGCGUGCACCGCGAGUGCGGCAAGGCGGUGGAGGAGGGCUGUGUGCUGGAUGGAGAGAGUCACAACAGAAUCUCCCGUUUUAUGGACCGCAUACAUCAUAAUAAUAUGCCCGGUCAGGACACGGGCGAUAAGAAGUCCCGCAAGGCGUCGGGCACCUCGCACUUUCUCAACAUGGAGCGCAGUUUCAGGAAGAUGGAGGACGAGGCGACGUGGGAGCAGACGCUGACCCCCACCCCCCUCAUAGGCGAGUCUCGACGCGAGGGCUCCACGGAGGAGCCGAGCGCGGCGGAGGCGGAGGCCGACAACUCUGAUAUCGCCAAAGAACAACCCGACAAGGAGCAUAAUUGGCGUGGAGGUGGUGGCGGGCGUGGCGUCAACCGUGCGGAGAGCUGUCGCGAGCGGGAUGCGCCACGUCGCGGCAAACACCGCAACGCCUCAGACCCCAACAGACUCACCGCGCACCACAACCAUGAUUUGGAGCCAGGCACGCCGACAGCGCCCUCUGGCAGCUCCAGCAGCUCCAGUCUAUCUUCUAGAAGUAAUGAGAGUAACACGGUCGCCGCUGACCAGCAAGAGCUGUCAGAGGAGGAGGAGCCGCUGGCGGCGCAGUGGGCGGAUAGCCUGCCGCCGCACCUCCUCGACACCAUGCAGCUCUCUGCCAGGCUGAGGAAACGACAGGAGGUCAUACAUGAGCUGAUCGUGUCGGAGGGGUCGCACGUGCGCUGGCUGAAGGUGCUGGACACGGUGUUCCACCGGCCGCUGCAGCGCGCGCCGGGCCUGCUGGCGGCGGAGGAGCUGCGCGCGCUGUUCCCCAACCUGCAGCAGGUGCGCGAGCGGCACGCGCGCCUCUACGCCGAGCUGCGGGCGGCGCGCGCGCUGGCCCGCGACCACCUCGUGCAGAUACGGCCGGUCGCAGACGCGCUGCUCAACACGCUGGGCGAGGCGGGGUACGCGGAGUGCCUGGCGCAGUUCUGCAGCGGGCAGCGGCUGGCGCUGGAGGCGCUGCGCGAGCGCCGCCGCAAGCACAAGGAGCUGCACCAGUUCCUGUGCGGCCGCGAGCAGCUGCCGCUGUGCGGCCGGCUGCAGCUGCGCGACCUGCUCGCCUGCGUCUGGCAGAGGCUAACAAAGUACCAGUUGCUGCUGGAGGGCGUGCUGAAGACGGUGAGCGAGGGCGGGGCGGAGGGCGCGGAGGAGGGUGCGGAGGGCGCGGAGGCGGCUCGGCGCGCGCUGGCCACCGCCAAGGACGUGCUGCACACCGUCGACACCGCCAUACGCACCGCGGAGAACAGGAACAGGCUGCGCAGCAUCCAGAGCAAGCUGGAGGUGCGCGCGGGCGGCGCGGAGUGGGAGGAGCUGCGGCGGCUGGACCUCACGGCGCGCGCGCUGCGCCUCGAGGGCGACCUGGCGCUGCGCAACGACUCCUCCAAGCGGCUCAACGUGCUGGCGCUGCUGCUGUCCGACUGCCUGGUGCUGCUGCAGCGCGAGGGCGAGCGCUUCGUGCUGCGCCCCAUCGGCCAGCCCAGCCAGCAGGGCCCGCUCUCGCCCCUCAUCAUGUGGGACAAGGUGCUGUUUCGACCGAACGCCGCGGUGCGCAACACAUUCUUCCUCAUGAACAUCAACGGCGUGCAGAUGCACGAAUUGUCUGCCAACACCGCCGCGGAGUACGCCACGUGGGUAAAGCACAUCCAGCAGGCGCCGCUGGCCAAGCUGACGGAACUGAAGCCCCUCGUCGCGCACCACCAUUCCCGCUCCAACGACGACUCCGGUAUAAACGUGUCAAGAAAUCCAUCUGACGCGUCCGAGAAGUCGUCAUCGACCGCGGCCGACGAGGAGCGGGACAGCGAGCGUGACGCCGAGCACGUCGAGCGAGACAGCGAGCACGCCGAGCAUGCCGAGCGGGACAACGAGCGUGACAGCGAACACGCCGAGCACGCGGAGCGCGCCGAGCGGGACCGCAACUCCGCCGACAGAGACGACAAGAGAGACGAUGUCUCCAGGGUAGGAGACUCCGACGACUCCAGCAGACAGCGGCGGGCGACGGUGGGACGCAUCAGCACGCACUGCGGCGAGCUGCCCGCGCUGGCGCCGCGCGACGCGCUCACCGUCAGCGCGCCCGCGCACCACGUGCACACCGCGCGACAGGCGCUCACGCACCAGGAGCGGCUGCGGCGGCUGGACGAGGUGAUCAGCCGCGCGCUGCGCGCCAAGAGCACCAUCGUGGGCGAGCUGCUGGGCGUGCCCGCAGACUGCUACGCGCAGGUCGCGGACCUCGCCGUCGCCGACACGCUCGGACAAGUCGAUAUGUCGGAUAUGGAGACCGCGGGAGCGGCGGACGGCGAGGUGGACAUCCACCAGCUGCUUCUCGCCGCGCACGAGCAAGCGAACCAACUGACGGAGCUGCUGACUAAGGCGCUGUCGGUGGACGAGACGAGCGCGAUGGCGGCGCGCAGCGGCCGCUGCGACACCUGCCGCCGCGCGCCGCACGCCGCGCACUCGCAGCACGCGCACAGCACGCCACAGCAGGCGCACAGCACGACGCCGCAUGCACACCACAACGAUACGAACGCCCAGAACGACGAAGACUUGGAAAUGUCCAGCGAGCGACCAGACGAGCUAUCGGAGCUGGAAGACUGCCUGCGCUCCUCGGAGCAGGGCGAGGGCGACGAGGGCGUGUACGACCUGCUGCUGCCGCCCGCCGCGCCCCUCGCCCCGCCCCACGCCCCGCCCCUCGCCCCGCCCGCGCUGCCGCCCAGGGAGCCCGUCGAGCCGCCCUUCGGUGGGUUAUGGUCUAAUCAUGUUUUGUAUGUAUUGAUAUAACUCAAAAACUACUUUAUCGAUUGAAAAAUUCUUACACUAAUAAAAAGUUACGUUAUCAGUGAGUAACAUAGGCCAUGUUUUUUAUUAAUUAGAGGCGGACUAAUAAUGAAUGUGUUGUGUACAGAGGCGCUGCAGGCGGCGGGCGGCGCGCGGCUGGCGCGGCGGCUGAGCGUGCCGGCGCGCGCGCUGGCCGGCACGCUGGCGCGCCUGCUGGCGCACGCGCCGCCGCAGCUGGCGCACGCGCACGCCGCGCGCCAGCAGCUGGCCAGCCACCAGGACCUCGCUGACGCGCUGCGCGCGCAGGCUCGCCGCGCGCACACCGAUUACCAAAUGACUGAGGAGAUCUGCUUCCCCAAGGCGCUAGACGUGGAUCGAUCUCUACAGGACCAUCCAAGCAACGGAGGUUGAUCCCGAGUGAGGCGGGGCGCUCGCUGACGCGCGAUGUUUAUGUCACCUUUAGUAAAGAACCAAUUGUAUAUGUUAAUGUCCCUCACUUGUAUCUUACUUCCACACUGAUGUCGCGAGCCGCUGUGUUAUAUAUGUAGGACUGAACCGCUUCUACUAUUGUAAAUAAUAUGUUUAUAAAGAGCGGAGUUUUUACGUCCAAGGCGGCUAAAUGCGCUAAGGGCCGCAAGGGGGUUAACAGGGGGCGGAGACUGUGUGGAGGGGGAUGUGUCCUCAGCCGCAGGGGGCGGAGUCUGUCAGGAAGGGGACGUGUCCUUAGCCGCAGGGGGCGGAGUCUGUCAGGAAGGGGACGUGUCCUUAGCCGCAGGGGGCGGGAGUCUCGUCGGGAGUAUUAUUCUGGACAAUAUUCUGUAUUUCGCUGUAAAUAUUCGCGGCAGUAAUUCCACUACUAGAAUUAAUGAAUCCUGACUCGAGAUAGAGUUUUGUCUAAUCAUUUAUUUGUAAAUAUUUCGAUUUUUAUCUUUGUUGUUGUAAUCAUGAUUAAAAACUAUUGAAUAAUGUUAUUUAAGAUAGUUCCAAUCCGUUUGUAGAUAUCUAUGUUUUUAAGUGUAAAAACUCAGUCUCGAGUUGGUGGUAUCACCUGCGAGUGUUAACACAACCCCACGUACCUUGUUAUUGCCAUAAUGCGGAGCUGAUGACGUCAGCUGUUUGAUACACGCCACAUUUAUUUUAUAAAAAAAUAUAUUUAUAGUAAUUUGUGCUUUUUUUACGUUUAUUAUAAUCGAUGUGCUUGUUAGGCAAUUUAUGUAGAAAUCGUAUUUUAAUCUAGAUUUUUUAGGCUUUAUAUAAAUAUAUUAAAUCAUGUGAUAAAUUACACAGCUUUUUCCUUCAAGUUAUAUACAUAUCUUAAGAGCUACAAAAUUAUUAAAAUGCAUAUAAAUAGAUGUGUUAGUUUGCGCGUGUUUCAAACAGCUUUCGUUUGUAUGAACAUAUUGUAUAUUACGUAUGUCUAAUUCAAUCCAAAUGAGAAAUUUAAAUACAUACUCUGCUUAAAAAUAACAUUUAUUUGAGAAAAUUAAUUACGUUCAUUUAAAUUCACACAAAAAAGUCUGUUUUGGAUGUAUUUUUAACACUUAUAAAUGUUAAAUUUAUAUGUUCUCGUUAUAAUUUGUCAUUUGUAUUGCAUUCGACUGAGGCGGGCUGCGUGUAGACCAAAUUACACAUUGUUGCACUAUUUUAUAUAUUUAUACUAAAUGUACGGUUAUUCAGCAAAUGAAACUUGUUGAUGUAUUUUGUAUGAGACAGUGAUUUUGAAUGUAAAGCGCAGACACGAUGUAUGUAUGGAUGUAUGGAUGUAUGGAUGUGACGUCGCUUGCACUCCUGUAGACAAUAUUGUAACUAAAUAGUGGUAUCAAUAAAUACCUUUACACGAA